GUGGUAGAGGUGGAGGUAAUGUUGGCGGCCGAGGCGGUGGUGGCGACCGUAGUGGUGGUUGCGACCGCGGUGGUGGCAUGGACCGUAGUGGCGGUUGUGGCCGCGGUGGUGGCAAUGACCGCAGUGGCGGAUGUGACCGCGGUGGUAGCAACGACCGUAGAGGUGGCGGUGACCGGACAGCAGGGGGAGGGCACGGCAGUAGAGCGGCCGAAGCUGAGGACGUCAUGGGCCAUUACGGCCGGAACAAGAACAACGUGAACAAGAACAAAGUGCGUACGGGCAUAUACUAUUCGCCCCCGGGCACGUCCUACACGAUACUAGAGAAACCGCCUGUGGCCGCUCCUCCCCCGCCACCUCCCAGAGCAACUUACCUUAGGGAAUCGUCGGCCGGAUCGUCUAGCACAUCCAGUCACCCCGGCACUAGUAGCAGUGGUGGUAACCGUUCUAACAAUGCGGGUUCCCGUGGAAAUUCCGGGAAAAAGAGACCCAUCUCCCCAGAACAAGUACUCAAAAUGUUUUCUCCGCCUAACUACAGCAUGCCUCAAUCGUCGUCAUACCAUGCGACUAGUAGUGUCAAAGUACAACCGCCACCCCGGUCCAAUUCUCACGGGCCCAGCACCUCUUAUUCGCACAAAACCCCAUCGACGUUCACUCACAUCGACAACCUCAGCGUACGCACGAUAUCCAUGUCCAGGCCGAAUCCCACGACAGGCGGCAGUCCGUCCAACCAAGGGUUUGGGAUAUGCGUCAAGGGCGGAGUCGACGAGUCAAAUGUCGGCGUGUAUAUAUCACGGGUGGAAGAGGGCAGCAUAGCCGAAAGCGUAGGAUUGAAGCCGGGAGAUUCUAUAUUGGAAGUGAACGGUCGUCCGUUUACCAACAUAUCGCACGACGAAGCUCUAAAGAUCCUAAAAUCGUACAAUCAGAUCACCAUGACGGUCAAGUGUCCACUGCUUCCCCAAGAGGUAAACAGAAACGAAGGCGAGAGCGGCAACUUGGAAGACCAGUGGCGGAUGCGCCGGACGUAUUCGUGGCUCAACAGAAAGGGACAACCGGUGUCGCCGCCGCUCGAAUACUCCAAGCCUAACUCUCCGUACUCGAAAUGGUCGUACACCAGGUCGUCCAAGGACAAAAUCCGAAAAGUGGAACUAGUGAUAGAACACGGUCAGAGUCUCGGCCUGAUGAUCAGGGGCGGGUCCGAGUACAACUUGGGCAUAUUUAUCACGGGCAUAGACAACGACUCCGUGGCUUCCCGGUCCGGACUUAUGGUCGGCGAUCAAAUCCUGGAAGUGAACGGUCAAUCGUUUUUGAACGUGUCCCACGACGAGGCGGUCAAUCUGUUGAAAUUUCAAAAUCACAUGACGCUGACCGUGAGAGACGUCGGCAAAGUACCCCACUUGUGUACCACAUACAAUACCGACACUUGGAACUGUUCAUUGGACAAUACCGACAACACGUUGAAAUUGGGAACUUCGGCAGCUUCUCAGAUGGUCGAAGAGAAGGCCCGGGUUUUGCUGUCGAAAAAUGAAUUCAACACGUUGCGAUACUACUUGGACGAAUAUUCGUGUUCUCGAAUGUCCAUCGAUGCAUUUAUAACAAUACUUUUCGAAUUGCUCAAUACGACCGAUAAGUUUACGCUGUUGACCGAACUGCGAGAACUCAUUGGUCAUUCGGACAAGGACCGUUUCGAUCAGCUGGUGUACAGGAGAGGACGGGAAUCGAGGAAACCCCGUUGUAGGGACGUCGACGACGGGUUCGGCUCAACCAUGGCCGGGGCGCAGAGUAAAGGAUUCGAUGAUUAUACCUGCGAAGGCGACGACAUGAUCCGCAGUGCCUCUGCGGAUUACCCGACUAAGAGCUACAGGAGCCUUUCCAGCGAGAGGAAAAUGGACGUCGAUCGUUCUCCAAUGAAAAUCAACAGCCGCAACAGAGACAUGGAGAUCGGAGAGUUCGAGUUUAGCCAUCAGGACUACGGUGACCUGGAAACCGAACUACUGCCCAGGAAGUACCACAGCGACAUGGCAGACCUCAACUAUUCGCACAGGAACUCGUCUCUUUACGAUGACACCCACAUGACCCGGUCGUCGAGCGGAUACUUGGAGGGACUGCGAUCCCACUUAGGGGGAUGGACCCAAAAAUUGAAAUCCUGGUACUAUGGAAGUUCUCUACAAUUAUCCGGCAAACAACGAUCCUAUGACGACGGUAAUAACGAACCAAUGGACGACGACGAUUGUUACCGGCGAAGAGAAAGCGGUUUCAACGUGCCUUCGUGUUCCUCUUCGCACAACGAUUCAUUAAUUACUUUGGACCAGCAAGGCAAUCUCCGGAUAACCGUUAAGAAAAUCAAACCGCUUCUGGGAAUCGCCAUCGAAGGUGGUAUCAACACCAAACACUUAUUGCCUAGAAUCAUUAACAUACACGAAAACGGCGCUGCUUACGAAGCUGGAGGAUUGGAAGUCGGACAACUUAUACUGGAAGUCGACGGACAAAAAGUCGAAGGUAUGCCUCAUCAAGAAGUAGCCAGACUCAUCGCUGAAUCGUUCGCACAAACUGAUAAGUCGGAAAUCGAGUUUCUCGUGGUCGAGGCGAAGAAAUCGAAUUUGGAACCCAAACCGACUGCGCUGAUAUUUAUGGAAAACUAACCAGACUGUGAGUAGUUUAUAAGUGUUAACUGUCUUGAAAAAAUAUCCGUUUUUGGGUACCUACAUAGCCCAUAUUUUUGGAUAAACAUAAAACAGUCACUGCGGUUUUCGCCAACGCUGUAAUUUCAAAAAAAAAUAAAAAUUAUUGGUUUUUUGCCGUCGUUCUCGUUUGAACGUUUCAUUAUUGUUAUUAUUUUUUUAUUUCGUGGACAAAUUUAUUUAUUUAUUUAAUAUUUUUAUUCAUUUUGAACUUGCAUACCUACAUCAUUAUUUUAUAUUAUUGUAUUAUUUUACCACUACACCAUGUACAUUACCAUAAUAAAUUAUUAUCAUCGAACGGUUUGCAUUUACUCGAAUUUUAUUUUUAUUCGAUUGCGGAUUACAAAACUACACUAAAAAAAUGUAUUAAUAUGAUAAUAUUUUUCAUGUAUUUUUGACCUAAUGUAUGUUAAGUGGCACCAGCUAGAGCCCCGAUAUUGUUAAACUCUAGUAUUUACCACAAUUUAUAUUAUUAAUUAAUAUUAGGUACUAAAAAAUUGUUAUAAUUAUGUACAAUAACGGAUAGAACGCUACAUUAUAUAUUACAUAUAGUACCUAUUUAGUAUAAUAGAUUUAAUUUAGGUUAAUUGACUCUGUAUUAUAAUAUAUUAUAUAAAUUAGAAGUCCAGAAUUUGUAUCCCUUAGUUACAUAAUAUGAUAUAUCACAAUAAAGGCCGGAGACGGGACUGAUGAACUAUGUAAGGAGGAAGGACGUUAAUUGUCACUUGACCACUUGCUUGAUCUGUUUUUUAAUCUAUUUGAGUUAAGUUCAUAAAUUUGACCAAUCAAACGCCUUCCCUUUGUGACAUGAUAAUUUAUUUAUAUUUUAUCGAAUCAAUAUUGAUUCUGAUAUGUGCUAGGCUUCAUUAGUGGGAAACAUUUUAAUAUUAUGUUGAUUGCUCCGAGUUGGUUUUCGGGUAACUUUUAAAGAAUCUAAGUAACUAGCAAAUAGAGCGCUUAAACACAAUAUAUAUACAAACAGUCAGCACACAAUAAUUAGUACAACACGUUGAGCAAAACAAAUCAACUAUUUUUGUUUUUACUUUAAACGAUUAAGUUUGUCGGGUUAUACGCACGUUCGCUUAAAGUUCCUUUAAAACUAAGUGUAGUUCAUCAUUUAUGGCCGUUUGUACUCAAGUAAAGUUUAGCCUUGUCUUGAGUAAUUUUUGUUUACGUACCAAACAACUGUUUGUAAAUGAUAAAAUAAUUGUUUGAAACGGUACAAUAUUAUAUUUAAUUAUAAUUUACAAUUUGACUGUCCCGAAAAUAGAUGUUAUAAAAAUAAUCUUACAUUAAAAGCAUAAAUGUUAAAAAAAAGCGUUUUACGGGUGAAAUAUUUUUGAACUGCAUUAACUUUUAUGUUGUAUUUUAGGAUUCAUAAGUGCAACUUUUCAUUUUGUUCACUAACACCAAUAACAAUUCAAACUAUUUUUUAAUUACCACCACUUCAACUAUUAAUCUUAGCAUCAAUUGUAAUUAGAUAUUUUUUUUUAUUGAAAGACCGUUUCAACAUUUAUUAAUUUAAUAGAUUAUUUCGAAAAUAAUGAAAAUAUUUUUAAAUACAUUUUUAAUCAUUUAUUUAAAUUCGUUCAUAACAUUUUUUUAGUUAUUCUUCAUGUUUUUGUUUCAAUCGAUUUUUAGUUUAAAUAAUCAUGUUGUUAAUUUGUAUUUAAAUUAUUAAUGCAAUUCGGGUUUAUAAAUGGUGUCUCGGGUCUAGUCAAACUUAUUUUUUCUUAGAAUUGUUAAACUACCCUUAGAUUUUAUGGAUAAUCAGUGCAAACGGCUGUGCUUGCUUGAUCAUUUAAAUUUUAACAAACUUAAUUUAAUUUAAUAAUUUUUUUUGUUAUCGGGCAAUAUACUUUAUUUGGUAUUUUAACGUUCGGCCACCAAAACAAAUAUUUUAAAUUACAUUAUAAGACAUUUGACUGAUGAUUAUUUUAUUUUAUUUCGGUGCAAUGUGUUUAUCUUAUAUAAAUAUGUAUAAUGUAUAAACGUAAUUAUAUUAUAUAUUUAACAUAAAUUACAUACCAUUCAACACGUACACCGUCCACGUUUUGUACACUACAUUUCUCUCACUUUUUAUCUCUUUCUGUGUCUUACUUUUUCACACACACAACUGUUUAUUGCACACAAUCACCUCACACUUAAUAGACAGAUUCCGAAUUUUCAUUUUUAACUACAAAUAUUAACAACGUCAAUGGAUCAAUGAUAUCAGAUCUAUGACAGUAAAAAAUUGUCUUUUUUGUCAGUUAUAGAUUAAGACGUUAAUUUUAGUUAUAGCUAUUCACAUUUUACACUCGCCAAAUCGGAUUAAAACGAUUUUGGUAGGAAAAUGUUAAACCUAUUCAUCUCCGGUUAUGCCUAUAUUAUUUAAGUUUCUUACUGCCUUAUGCACUUGUACAUUCCUAUGACUAUUUACUUAAUAGUACAGUAGCCAACGGCGAAUUCGCAAGACUGUUAUUAAAAAAAAAAAAGGAUAAUAAGUUGUACGUGUUCCACGUACAAUAUUAUUAAUGUAUAUUAUUGUUUUACCGUUAAUGUAAAUGUACAAAAACCUGGAUAUGAGUACAAUUAUUAAGGGUUAAAUAAAUGAAUAUAAUGUUACCCAUACAAACACACAACUGACGAUACCUAAUCUAUACAUAUGUAAGAUAAUUAGGAAUGGUUAUUAUUUAAUACCGGUUCAUUAUAUUGAAUAGGUUGGGCAUAAGUCGAAUAAUUCCUUUAAUAUUAUCUAAUAUAGUGAUAAAUAAAAUAUAAGCUAUUAUUUCAUAAUUGAUUAUUCUAUUAUUCAUCACAAAUGUAUUCGGUAUUUGUUUCGUUCUUUUCAUUUAUAAUUUAUUAAAAUACAAAUGUCUUAUUAUCUAAGAUAAUAGUUUACAUAUAAAUAAUAAAAUAUAUUUUACCCUUAAAGGUUUGCUAAGUUAUUCGAUGGAUAAAAAGCCAUCUAUUAUUUAAGAACAAAUACCUUAUUCGUCGAAUUAAACGUCAUUAUUUAUUAUAUUAUUUCAAUUUUGCCCAAAUCCACUUAAGUUGUACUUUGACAUGCAGUAGGUACCUUGUGUUUUUUUGUAUUAGUGAACGUUAUUUUUUAUUUCAAUCGCGGAUUUGAAAAUCGGACGCAAAAUGUAUUUUUUCCUAAAUAAAAGCCAUUAAAUUUAUUAUUUUGAAUUUUUAUGUCCAUUUUUCCUAGCGAAUCGAUUAAAUAUUUAAGGGUUCAAAAUGGUUUUUUUUCCUUUCAGGUCAUUUUUAAAAACAUCAUUUACAUAUUUUGUUAGGUUAUAAAUGCACAAGUGGAAAAAUAACUUCGCCUGCUUACUUAAUUAUUGAUUAUCUAUUUUAACAUUAUUGGACAUUAGUAAGUUGGUUUCGAAUUUAAUAGUAGGCGAUUAUUUUGGAGUAUAUAAUGAUAAAUAUGAAUGUGAUCGAUUGUAGUUUUAGUAAAAUUUGAUGCUUCUUGAUGGAUCGAGAAAACACCAAAUUUUAGAAAACGUUUUGUAAGUUAAAAUUAAUUCAGUUGACACUGGAGUGUACUACAGAUUUAUUCGAAGUACAUAGGUAUGGUAAAGUUAAGUUAGAUUAGGUUAGGUUAAUUUAGUUUAUAAGUUUUGGGACGCAUGUGGACUAUUUUCCACUAUAUAUCUGUAUUAGUAUUAAACAAUUUAAUUGUAAAGAAUACCACAAAAUAAUUAUUUUAAUUCGUUUUUAAUAACCGAUUUCAAACAUUUUGUUUUAAACCUUUUCUGUAUUUGACAUUAAGUUAAUGAAUUUAACUUUCAAUGUUUUCACAUCUUUCAAAUUCAACCGUAGUUAAUUAGGUUCACCUUAGUCAUCCCCCCCAUUAUUGUUUAUACUUAUUUUAUACCGGUUUUUGUCCUACCUACAAUUCUCAACUUUUUUCGAUUAUUAAGUUAUUUUACAUUUUAAUUUUUUUAUAAAUAAUUUGCCCUAUAACAACCACUGUGGGAAAAUGUUGUGUUCCAUAUAACCAUGGAACUGGGGAAAAAAUCAACCUUGAAGAAAUUUAGAGGUUUUUUUUUAGACAAAAUAAUGGGUGAUGGGUCUUAUUAGGUUUAUUAAUUCUUUUUUUACCCGACUUAACUGGGUCGGGAUAAAAAAAACUCUAGUUUUUGACAACUCUCUGACUGAAACCAGUCUUUGUUCUGUACAGAACAUAUUUAAUUCAUCUCAUAUUAUAAUAUUGUUCUACGCUUUGACUGGGUGACAACCAGUACACCAUAAUCUGCUUAACAUUUUCUAAACGUUUAAAUCACAUAUACGCUCGUUUUUAUUGUACACUCAAAUAUUUCCAUUUUUUAAAAAUAAUCUUGUCCAAAAAAGUUGUUAAAUUAUGUAGGCCGUCUUGGGGUAAAAAAUUCCUUUCUAGCUGAAUUGAAUUACAUUACAUUGACGGUAAAACAUACAAUAUACAUCAUUUUGAUGGGCGUUCCUAACCGGUCAAGUCCAGAUUUUGUUUUCUGAAUCCAAAACAGCUCGUUUUGACUAAAAUUGGACUCGACAGAUAGAGUUGGACAAAAUGUGAUUAAGUAACGAAAAACAAGUGAAACAAAUCGAACAACGUAUAAUUGAACUACAAAAUAUGUAAUAUUUGUAUUCGAAUAAAUCACAAAUCAAAUAAUUCGAAUACGUUUGUGUUAAACUAUUUAUUCAAAUAAUACUCAUUCGAAAGUCCAAUUCUAUUAACCGGUUGAGGGACUGUCAAUCGAAGAUAUAAUAAUAAAUACCUAUUAUAGUUGUAUACAUAUGUAUAGUUAAUAAUAUAUUAUUAUAUUAGAGUUGACCAAUACAUGUACGAUCCUCUAGAAGUAUUAUUGACUGGAGAACAAAGGCUUUACCUCGUACGCCUUAUUAAUUAAAUCAUUAUUAUUAUAAUCUUUUAUUUUAAUUUUCAUAGACAAUUUUCGUGUAUAACACAAUAAUACAUCAAUAUUAUGUACAUUAGUCAGCAUUGGAAUCGCGUACAGCUAUUAUUAUUAUUACUAUUAUUAUUAUAAAUGUAUAACAUUACCAGUUGCUGAAAAUAUUAUAUUAUAGACCAUAAUAAUAUAUGAAUUGCAUUGAAAAGAGAAGUUAUUGCCGGGGUGAAAAGGCGGAGAGUCGUUGGUUUUUUGCUUAAAAUAAUUCAAAGUCGAGAAAUUGUUGGAAAUCACUAAUAAACAUUGAGUGCUUGCUAAAAGGUUUAUACAAUAUUAUAAAUGUAUAAAACGUACCUGGUUACUUCUACUUAAGUAAAAUAUAAUAUAAUCAUUAUAGAUUGCAUAUCUAGUUCAAAGCGAUAUUUCUGUCUUGAAUAAUAUAUUGUUGUAUUUACAUAUUUUAAAUUAAAAAAAAACCUUUUGUUUGCGCGCGUGUCAUUGCUUUAAUACUAAUUAAUUAAAUUAUAUAAUUAUUAUAACUACAUUUUUUUGAGAAAAAA